UUGUCCCUUUCACUCUCUCUCUCUGUCUCUGUCACCCCCUGAGAGUCUUUCUAAACCCACCACACCAACCAGCCUUUACACCACAGCCUGGUCCAGCCUUGUCUCGCCUGCUCCACUCACCUGGACAGGAUAUUCAGCUCUGUGAGGAAGAGAGGAAUAUGACAGCUGAGACUCUUAACUUUGGCCCAGAAUGGCUCCGUGCACUAUCCAGCGGGGGCAGCGUAACGUCCCCCCCCCCCUCCCCUGCCAUGCCAAAGUACAAACUGGCCGAGUAUCGCUAUGGCCGAGAGGAAAUGCUAGCACUUUAUAUCAAAGACAACAAGGUCCCAGAGGAAAUGCAGGAUAAGGAAUAUGCUGCUAUUCUGCAGGAUGAGCCAAUGCAGCCCCUCGCCCUGGUGCCUCUUACUGAAGAGGAACAGAGGAAUUUUUCCAUGUCUGUGAACAGCGUGGCUGUGCUGAGGCUUAUGGGUAAAGGGGGCGGGCCCAUCCCUGCAGGAGUGGCUCGUGGAAGAGGCAGCACAAGAGGGGGAAGAGGUGAAGGCAGAGGAGAGGGAGGAUUCUACCAAAGAAGCAGUGAAGAUGGAGAGGUGGGGUUUGGCCGCAGUGCCAGGGAAAUUCACCGCAGCCAGAGCUGGGACGAUAGGGGCGAGCGUCGCUUCGAGAAGCCAUUGCGGAGAGACGGCGUGAGGGUGGGUUUCGAGGAUUCGGGUUCCGCGGUGAGGAAAGACUACACGCGCUCCGACAGCGAGAACUGGCGCACACUGAGAGAGGAGCAGGAGGAGGAAGAGGGAGGAGAGAGUGGAGGAAACUGGAGGCUAUCCAGCUCUCGCCGAGACGACGGUGGUCCACGCUCAGCCGGCUGGCGGGAGCACGGUGGUUCCGGAGAGGGGGGCAGACGCAGGAAGUUUGACUUUGACUUCCGAGAGGGGAGCGAAGGAGGCAGGAGACGCGCGGGGAGCGACGGACUGGAAGAGGAGAGAGACGGCCUCCCCGAGUGGUGCACGGACGAGGAGGACGGAGAGAUGGGCACCUUCGACUCCUCAGGAGCAUUCCUCCCCAGUAAGAAGGGCUCUAAGGAUCCUAUCCCUGAAGAACUGGAGUUUCAGGGAGUGGAGGAUGAGGAGGAGAGUUCAGGGGAAAGAGAGAGGAAGAACAGCAGCGGAGGAGAGAACCCUGAAAUAGAGAUAACAGACUCCGCCGCGCCGACUGAAGUGGAGGUGAAGUCCCUCCCUCCCUCCUCUCCUCCGGCCGUAUCCACCCCCGCUCCUGCUGAGCCCGUGCCUGCUCCCGCUGAUCGGGAGGAGCCCCAGCCCAUCCCACCCAGCAAGAUACCAAGUGAAGUGUUGCCAGAGGCUGUUUCUGAACAGAGCCCCAGCACCUCCUCCAGUCUGCCUUCAUCACCACCCUCCUCUACCUCUGCUGCUACCGCCCUCCCACCAAUAGGGGGCGACAUUGAGGAUGACGAGGGCAUGAAGCACCUGCAACAGGAGGCAGAGAAGAUGGUGGCGUCUCUGCAGGACACGUCUCUGGAGGAGGAGUGUUUCACACACACUCUGCAGGAGAGUCGCAACACAGCGGCGGCGCUGCCCCUCUCACACGAGGCCGCCAUGAAGUGGUUCUACAAAGAUCCACAGGGAGAAAUCCAGGGUCCGUUCACCACGGUGGAGAUGUGCGAGUGGUUCCAGGCAGGUUACUUCACCAUGUCCCUGCUGGUGAAGAGAGGCUGUGACGAGGGCUUCCAGGCUCUGGGCGAUGUCAUUAAGAUGUGGGGGCGUGUGCCUUUCGCCCCGGGGCCGUCCCCGCCUCCACUGCUGGGGAAUAUGGAUCAGGAGCGUCUGAAGAAACAGCAGGAGUUAGCGGCGGCUGCAGCUCUUUACCAGCAACUCCAGCAACAGCAGCUUUUACAGCUCAUCAACAGGUGUGGAGAGCAGGGUAUGAUGCCUUCAAUGAGCAGAUCAAUGUCAGUGCCAGAUACAGGGUCCAUGUGGGACAUGCAUACCUCAGCCUCACAGCCUACAGGCGGUGAGGCCAGUCUAUGGGACUUAACAAUGAAUUCAUCUCAGGGUCCAACUCUUGAACAGCUUCAGAAGCAGCUCCAAGAGAGGAGAGAGGCUGAACUCAGGGCCAAACGCGAGGAGGAGGAGAGGAAACGAAGAGAGGAGAAGAGGAGACAGCAAGAGGAGCAGAAGAGGAGAGAGGAAGAGGAGUUGUUCAGGCGCAAGCAGCAGCAGUGCCGGCAGCAGCAGGAGCUGAUACUGAAGUUGCUCCAGCAGGCUCCACAAGGGGGCGCCAGCUCGGGCUCUGGCUGGAGCGGAGGCCCCGCGGCCGGGCUCAGUAAGCAGGGAAAAGCCCUGACCCUGCUGGAGCUCCAGCAAGAGGCAGAGAGACUCAAACAGCAGCAGAGAGCCCAGCAGCAAAGAGACAGACACUCGUCCCUGUCGGCUCAGUGGCCUGACGGUGUGGGUGUGUGGGGAUCAGGGCUGGAGGGGAAGGCUGGAGCAGGGAGCCCGUCGGGGGGCAUGGGCGUGUGGGAUGAGGCCAUGAAGAACCAGGGCGGCCUCCGCAGCCUGGGCAUGAAGAACAGCCGCAGUAGCCCUUCUCUCAGCGAGCAGUUUAUGAUGAGUCGGCGUAAGCGCACUGAGGAAGAGGAGAAACUGCUGAAGCUCCUACAGGGGAUGAAGCCUCAGGACGGCUUCACCACCUGGUGCGAACAGAUGCUGCACGCGCUCAACACCUCCACCAACAACAGCUCCUCCUCUCUGGAUGUGGCCACGAUUGUGGCGUAUCUGAAGGAGGUGGAGUCGCCCUACGAGGUGCUGGACUUUAUCCGCUCUUAUCUGGGUGACACUGUGGAAGCCAAAGAGUUUGCCAAACAGUUCCUGGAGCGCCGUGCCAAACAGAAAGCCAACCACCAGAGGCAGCAGCAACAGCUUGCGAAGGAGGUACCUGGGCUAGCCAUGAACAGUUUUCCCCUGCAGUCAAUGUUCCAGGCGGUGCAUGCUGGGAAAAGUGGGAUGGGCUACGAACAGGCGGGCAAACUGAAGAAGAAACAGCCAAUGAUGUUGCACUCUGACCCCAGCAUCUUAGGGUACUCAUUCCAUGCUGCUGGGGAUCGCCUGGGUGUGGGUGAGAUGGAGAUGGUGGAGGAUUACUGAUCUACAGCAAUAGCUACCUGAGGCCUUUACAGCGCCAGUCUACCCAGUCAGACUGCGCUUUUCCAAUGUGCACUGCAAGGGGGAG